GUGGAACAGAUUGUUCAACUACAACAAAUCGGUCGUCUAUUGUCAAAUAUUCUAAUUUUUUUACUUGGUUUGUAAUUUAAGCUACAACCAAGAUGUCGCUGUCACCCUUCUUGCGCCUGCCACUCACUGAUUUGACCGGUUGCCUGAUCAACCAUCAAACCUACGACAAAUGCGGCAAGUUCGAAAUGAAAAUGAUGGACUGCCUGGAGGCCUACGGUUUGGAGCGGGGCAAGAAGCAGUGUGCCGAACUCAUUGGUGACUUCCAGGAGUGUGUGGGCAUGACAAAGCAGCUAAUGCGUUUCCACGCCAUGCGAAAUGAGCGCUACAGACAAUGGUUGGCGGGUGAGCGCAAGAGGGAGGAUCUCUUUGCAGAGCCACCACGUGUAGAUGCUUAUUAAGGUGCUUGCGGUUGGGAAUAAUUGCAUAUGUAUAGCCAAGAUGUCUUAAGAAUAAACAAUUGUCAAACUGGA